GCGCGGCAUAGCGCGGCUUGUCUUCGUGGUGUGUGCGGGUAUGAUCGAGUACUCCGAGUACGUCGGCGCGUCUUAGGACACUCUCACACACACACAGACGCAUAUAUAUACAUAUACUGUGUAUAUGUAUGUAUAUACAAGAAAUCGCUCGUGAGAUCCGGAAAGAGCGAGGAAGCGGUGGAAUUAUAUUGAGAGAGAGAUCCGUGAGUCACGAGAGCGACGAGAGGGACUGCGCGACGCGACUGCGAGGACGACGACGACGACGACGACGAGAGUACUGCCCCUCUCGUGUGUCCGCGUUUUGUUUAUCUAUCGAUUUCACUUCGUGUAUCACGAAGGUGCCGGUGUGCCUACCGGACGCCCGGUGGGCUCUCUCGCUUCAGUAGGAAGUGGCCUUGCCCACGUCGAGAAUACGCCGGCUCGCGGCCGCCCCGGGGCACCCGUUUCUUUGACGUUUGACAACUCGGGGGAGCCGGGUGUAGGCCCAGAGAGAACGGCGACGACGGUCACGCCGGGCGCGCCCGCCUCGAACGCUUCCUCGCUGGACGACUCUCUGCAAAAAUUGGCGAAAGGUGCAACGUCAGUCCUAGAAUUGCCAACCGAGACAUCGACCUGAAACGCAAAGAUGAACAAGGUGGACUAUAUGGAGGUAACUCUCCCGAAUUAUUCCUACAUUUUUAAUUUCGAGGAGACGUUCAGCCACCACGAGACCAAGCAAUGGAUGGUGAAGAAUUGGACGAACGGUUUCUAUUACUGCGGAUUGUAUAUGAUCCUUAUAUUCGGCUUGCAACACUACAUGGCCAGCAGGCCCAGAUUCGAACUCAGGGGAAUACUGUGUCUUUGGAAUACGCUAUUGGCUAGCUUUUCUAUCAUCGGCUUCACUAGAACGGCGCCCGAACUAAUACACGUUCUCAAGCAUCACGGACUGUUCCACAGCAUUUGUAUACCAAGUUUUAUCGAGCAGGAUUGCGUGUCGGGCUUUUGGACGUGGAUGUUCGUGCUGUCGAAGCUACCCGAGCUCGGCGACACGAUCUUCAUCGUGCUACGCAAACAGCCGCUGAUCUUCCUGCACUGGUAUCACCACAUUACCGUCUUGCUGUACUCCUGGUUCUCGUAUUCGGAGUACACCGCGUCCGCACGAUGGUACGUCGUGAUGAACUACUGCGUCCACUCGAUCAUGUACAGCUAUUACGCUCUGAAGGCGAUGCGGUACAGGCCGCCUAAAGCGAUCUCGAUGGUGAUCACCACGCUACAGCUCGUCCAAAUGGUGAUCGGUUGCUUUAUCAACAUAUCCGCGUAUCAAUACCUGGAGAGCGGCAACGUGGACUGCAACAUCACUCGCAUGAAUAUCCAUAUUGGUUUCGCGAUGUACUUCAGCUAUUUUGUCUUAUUCGCGCAAUUCUUCCAUAAGGCGUACCUGGCUGGAAAGAAGAACAAGAAGCACUUCGCCAAUAGCGCACCCGGUCACAUCGGCUAUAACGACAAGCUCAAAGCCAAUUAAGGCGCUACGCGGCACACUAGGGCGCCUGGACGCCCUAUUCUUUCUCCCUAUCUUUCCCCCCUUUUCCCGUUCUUAUUUUUUUUUUUUUUUUUUACCCAAUUCUAUUUACUUUCCUCUAUUCUAAUUCUUUCUCUGUUUCUUUCUCACGCCGCUGGUCGACGUAGCCAUACAUCCAGGAUCUAUUUAUACUAGAAAAUAUUAGGGUUUAACGGCUUCUAGGAUUCACGUGUUCAGUGGAUACUAUCGCUAAACUUAGAGUUUUAUGAACUGUGAUGCGAUAUUUUAACUAUAAUGCAUAAUCGUUUUUUCAUUUUUUUUUAUUUCAAAAUUGUUU